GAUUUCGCGAAGCCAGCAAACAUCGAGAACACAGCAAACUACAAGGAGGCCAAAGCGCUCUCCGCAAAAUUCACGCAGAUCAGCAGCCAGGUCGAGCAGAAAACAGUUGCCGUGAUCGGGGGAGGACUUUCUGGACUGGCCUGCGCGAAGUAUCUGUCCGAUGCUGGUCACAGAGCCGUCGUCCUCGAAGCUCGCGAUGUCCUCGGCGGCAAGGUGUCGGCAUGGCAGGAUGAAGAUGGAGAUUGGAUCGAAACCGGUCUGCACAUCUUCUUCGGUGCCUACCCCAACAUGAUGAACCUGUUUUCCGAACUCGGCAUUGAGGAUCGAUUACAGUGGAAGCGGCAUCAAAUGACCUUCGCCAUGCAGGAAUUCCCCGGGGAGUUCACAACCUUCGAAUUCCCAGGAUGGCCGGCCCCUUUGAACAUGGCGGCUGCGAUUUUGGGGAACCAAAAGAUGUUGUCCCCUUUGGAGAAACUGCAAACUGGGCCGCCAUUGCUGCCAAUGCUGGUGGAAGGCCAGAGCUUUAUCGAUGCCCAAGACGAGUGCUCCGUGACAGAGUUUUGCAAGAAGUACGGCAUGCCGGAUCGGAUCAUUCAGGAGAUUUUCAUUCCAAUGGCCAAAGCGCUGGAUUUCAUCGAUCCCGACCGCCUCUCCAUGACUGUCGUGCUGACGGCCAUGAACCGCUUCAUUAACGAGACCGAUGGAAGCCAAACUGCCUUCCUGGACGGUAACCAACCCGACCGGCUUUGCCAACCCAUGGUGGAGCACAUCAAACGCCUCGGUGGAGAUGUUCGCCUCGGGGCGGUCGUGGAGGAGGUGGUUCUGCGCCCAGACGGCUUUGUGGAUUACCUGAGCAUGCGUGGUGGCGAGAAGUUUCGGGCGGACGAGUACGUCUCGGCGAUGCCCGUCGACGUGCUGAAGCGCUUGCUCCCGCAGCAGUGGUCAGUUAUGCCUUUCUUCCGGCAGCUGGACCAUUUGGAGGGAAUUCCGGUCAUCAAUAUCCACUUGUGGUUCGACCGAAAGCUGAGAAAUAUCGACGCUUUGUGCUUCAGCCGCAGCCCACUGCUUUCCGUGUAUGCUGACAUGAGCACCUGCUGCAAGGAGUACGAGGAUGCUAAGAGGUCUAUGUUGGAGCUUGUCUUCGCCCCUUGCGGUGCCAUCGCUGGGAGCGACAUCAACUGGAUCGGGAAAACAGAUGAGGAGAUCGUUGCUGCAACGAUGAAGGAGCUCGAAAGGCUCUGCCCGGACGAGAUUGGUGUCGCACUGCCCGGCGGCGCACAGCUGCGCAAGGCGAGGGUGGUGAAGGUGCCACGCAGCGUUUACGCUGCAGUCCCAGGACGCAACAAGUUCCGGCCUUCUCAGGCAACACCCGUGCCCAACUUCACCUUGGCGGGCGAUUGGACUAGCCAGAAGUUCUUGGGCAGCAUGGAGGGAGCCGUGCUGGCGGGCAAACUGACCGCAGAGGUGAUUUGCGACCGUGCGAGGGGGAUGAAGGCUCCAAUCAAAGCCGUUCUGCCUGCAGUGGAGAAAGCGGUUGCAGAGCCUCCACUGCAGCCGGCAGGCGUUGCCGGAUCUACGCCGAUAGCUUUCGGCGGCGGCGCGGUGAUGUCUGAAAGGCAUUUCCGUGAUCUCCGCCAACAGGCAAAGCUCUGA